AUGUUUGUGUUUGCAGUCUUUGGAAUGGCGAACUCCACUACCACUUCAAUAGUCUUGCCUGCUCCUGAUUCCUCCAUCCAACAACGACAAGUCGUGCCUAAGAGACAUGUCCUGCGACGUAUGAUUUAUGGGUUUACUUUUUCCCACAAAGAGCUUGUAGAGUGGGGACAGCAGCACUUUGGCGAAACGGACGAUAAAGAAGUUUUGCGGCAAUAUGUCAGGAGGUCGAUGGGACCCCUAUUCACCCGCUGUUAUUGCCUAUGGCGACGGACGACGAGGCACAUCGUCACAUAUCAUAGCGGUCCUCGUCGGCACGAGGAGGAUUGGUGUCUUACCCUUGCGGAUAAUAUCUCUCGUGAUACUGCAAUGCCCCCUGCCAAAGAGGUCAUCGACAAAAUCAAGGAAGCCCUAGAGAUUACACGAGACCCCGAGUGGCAUCGGUUCUACGGGGAUUGA